GCAAGGGCAGAUGAUAGGUGCUGCAAUCCGAUGUUUAGCGGAGGAAGGAGGCUCUACCAUGGCAGCAAUUUCUCAUUAUAUUCGAUCCAAUUACGACGACAUCCCGGACGGGCACGACAGGCUCCUUCCUUACUACCUCGGCAAGCUCACCGCCCAGGGGGAGUUCGUCAUGACCGCACCUGGCCGCUUUCUGGUCGCUGACGCUGCCGCUGCGCCCGGUGGAUCAUCCAAGCCCAUGCACGACAACGACGAGGACUCCACCCAACCGAAGCCCGACGCCCAUGAAGGCGACGUCGUCGAGCCCGAGUCCAAAGCAGAUCAGGUCGACGGCGACGUUGAAUCAUCGGGAUUUGUACUUGCCUUGCCAUGGGAAGCGCCUCCAGUGACUCUGCCUGCGCCUGCGAAUAAAGGAGGACAUCAUGAAGCCAGACCGGCGCCUAGACGUCGUGGUCGUCCACCGAAAGUGUGCCCAAACGCAGGGGGGAUGGCCCAAGAUAAGGAGGGUGGCAACGAUGGGAAGGACGAACAAGAUGAGCCAGAGCCCACGCCAACGCAGGCUGAGGACGCUGGCGAGGAUAGCCCUUCUUCUUCUCCAAGGCGCCGGGGAAGAGGAAGACCCCCCAAGAGCAAGCGGAACUGUCAAUCGAAGCCCACGGUUCAAGGCCACGCUUAGAAGCCAAUUGUUGGUUCAUCCUUUGGUUUCUUUUCCUUUUCUUUUUGGUUAAAACUAUUGUAUUUGCUUUAUUUGUUGAUGCUAGUCACUGAAGGAUCGGCAGCAGCAAUUAAAUCUUUUGAGUAAUAGAUUUUUA